UCUUUCCAAAACCUCACAAAACCCUCCCCAAAUAUUAGAGAGAGAGAAACUGAUAACUGGAUUUUAGAGAGAGAAAUUGAGUGAGGAGAAGAAAUGGCGUGUCAGUUCCCCGACGAUUUCAAGUGCCCCAUUUCGCUCGAGAUUAUGACUGACCCGGUAAUCUUGACAUCGGGUCACACCUUUGACCGCCCUUCAAUCCAACGGUGGCUAAACGCAGGUCAUCGGACGUGUCCGAUUACCAACCUUCCCCUUCCUGAACAACCAUCUCUAAUCCCCAACCACGCUCUUCGGAGUCUCAUUUCCAACUAUAUCCUCGUCUCCCCUCUCAAGUCGCAACCCGACCAACCAUCACCAACGUAUUCCCGGCCACGGCUAGAGCCGCGAGAAUUAAUAUCCUCUCUCACUUCGCGAAGUUCCUCUAGUGAGACCAAAUUGGACUCCCUUGCGCAACUCAACAGACUCUCCAAGCGAGACCCGGCGAUUCGUCGCCACUUGACCGAGUCAGGCGCCGUGUCAGCUGUUCUCCGCUGCGUUAACUCGCCCGAACAAGCGCUAGGAGAGAAAGCCCUCUCUUUGCUACUGAAUUUAUCUCUGGAUGACGACAAUAAAGUGGGUCUCGUUGCAGAGGGUGCGAUUGGCAGGGUAGUGGCUGCUCUCAAAAGCGGGUCACCGGAUUGCCGUGCCAUAGCCUCCACGAUUCUAACGAGCCUUGCGGUUGUGGAGGUGAAUAAGGCGACAAUUGGUGCGUAUCCAGACGCAAUUAGAAACCUUGUGAGGAUUAUAAAGUAUGGAGAGGGCAGAGAGGUGAAAGAGGCAGCCACUGCUUUGUACACAAUAUGCUCUUUCCCUGAUAAUCGGAGGCGUGCACUGGAUUGUGGGGCGGUACCUAUUCUGUUCCAGAUUGCAGAAUUGGGACUGGAGAGGGCAGUGGAGGUGUUGGGAGUGUUAGCAAAAUCUAAGGAAGGGAGGGAGGAGAUGGGGAGAAUUGAUGGGUGUGUGGGAAUUUUGGUGAAGGUGUUGAAGAAUGGGAGUGCAAGGGGAGUUCAAUGCGCACUCUUGACAUUGGAUUUUUUGUGCAGGUAUAGCGAGUUAAUGUGCAGGGAAGCAGGGAGAGAAGGCGUUUUGGAGAUAUGUGUGAGUCUGGUGGAGGAUGAGAAUGAGAAAAUAAGGAGGAGUGCUUCGAGUUUGGUGCAGACUCUGAAUGGGAACCGCUUGAUGUGGUAGUGAAAGGAUUGAAGUUUUGCGGCGGUGAAGGGUUGUUGUCGGCCAUGGAGGUGAGUUUGGAGGUCUUUUUUUGGUUGUUGAUGGCUCCGCUGAUAAUUUAUGUAAAAAAGAACAUAGGUAAACUGAAAAAAAAGAUAGAUUUUGAAGGAAAUAUUGUGUUCUUCAGAUUUUUUUUUGGCAUUUUGUACAUUUGAAUAAAGGAGUCAAAAUUAAGCUCCCCUCUGAAUGGGAAGGUUUCUUAAUUGAAAGGUUUCAAAUUGGUUGUAGCUUGCUACAGUUUUGAGAAGUUUCUUGGUCUCAA